AAGCUGGAGUCGCCUUUGCCCGUUUCGUUCGAGCCGCUUGGAUCGACUUACAUCCGAAGCGACAGGAGCAACCGGAAAUUGGAUAUGGGAAUCAUCGGGAAACGAGCAGUGGAAGAAUAUCGAUUGGCGCAGGACAACCCCGACAAAUACUCGAAAGCCCGGCUCCGAUGGGAAACCAUCCCGUGCUUUAUGGAGUUCAAGAGGUUUCUCCUAAUAGACCACGACGCCGUCAUUCUGUUCCCGCAGGCUCCGGCGGCGAUCUCAGAACCGGUGGCCAUUGCCCCCGAGACGGAAAACGAGUGGAAAUAGGAAGGAUUGAAGCGGAAGAAUGUCUCGGACGAAGGUCUCCCCCCCGCGAACGAGUCAAUCGCGAUUAGAGCACUGAUUCAAAGAGCUCAGAUGGUGAGAGCCACUCGACCAAUCCAGUACCAAUCGAGGUUCCAAACGCAGGCGCUUCGACCAGCGUCGUCGGGACGGGGACAGAACCCGAAAAUUUCGAGACGCACCUGAAUAAAUGGAAACUGAAACCACGGAUGACCGCGGACGAAAUCCAAGCGGCCAACUAUGCGUCCGAAUGCCUCGGCGAUGGUCGUCGGCGGUACGUGAUGUCGUUUAUGAUCACAGACCUCAAGGUCUCACUAUGGUACUACGACCGGAUUGGAGUGAUCAAGAGCGAAGAGUUCGACCUGGUGGAGAAUCCGAGGCUUUUCAUUCUCGCCAUUGCCGCGGUCACGACGUGCGACAUGAAGCAUUUUGGGUUCGAGCCCAUGAUCCGUCCGACGUCUACCAUCGCUUCUCCGAUGCGCCUAGAACAUCCCAUCCGACUCAAACCUCCUCGAGACAUAAGAGGCUGGGAGAUCCAUAUCGACGAAGGGAUCGACUCGGAGGGCCAAUCGGUCCCCGGUGUCGUCCGUUUGAAGAUCAUCGGAUCACUGAUCUACGUCCAAGCUGGGAUCGUAGGCCGGGGAACAUCAGUGCUACCUGUUUCUGCGUUCGCCGACAGUGGCCUGGCGGACGUCGAUCACUUGCAGAAGCUUGUGAUCAGGUUCAGCUGACCGGCUGCGACGCGUGUGUCUGAGGACGUGCUGAUACGACGGAUACGGAAGGCGAUUGGAUCGAAGGAGGCGUGGCAUGUGAGUCGGAUGCGGAUGUCGACGACACUGGAGGGCUUGCGAUUGGGCCUGCCUCGGAUAGAGGAAUCGAUUCAGUCACUGCCGGGCGACGUUGAGACUCGGGCUCUCCGCGUUCUUGCGCGUGACCGCUACCAGCACCUGAAGCAGCUGAACACGAUCCCAGAGUUCCAGUCAGUCUUCAUCGACCUUGUCAGAGGUACGCCUUUCUGUGUGAUGAUGUACAAUAAAUAUGCCCAAACCUUC